AUGAGAAAGUCCAUUAGUAACAUUUACAAGGACGGAGAAUAUGACUAUUAUUUUGUCAAUCCAGAUGAUCCUGAGUAUGUUUUUGUAUUUCUCGAUAUGUCAAAGGCAACAUUUAGAGAUGUCGAAUUGUUAAUCAAGAAGAUUUUAAAGACGAAAAACAAGAUGCAUGCAAAAUUACAUGGGUUUUUUAGAGAUAAAGUAACGAUUCAGAUUCUCAGAUUGGUCGAACGAUUAGCAACAGACAACAUCAAGAUAUUGAUGAGAUCGGCUCGUGAACUUGUGAAGGAUGAUGAAGAAUUGUUGAGAAAAAUUGAUGAAAAGCUUGAAAAAAAGACUACGAUGAAUAAUUCAGUAGGACCAUUGGGUGUGAUAGACUCUGUUAUAUCAUGCUAUAAAGAGGUGGUUGAAGUAAGUAAAGAGGAAUUGAGCCAGAUAAAAAAAUUGAUACUUGAGCAAUUUUCUAAACAAUCUGAUCUUCAUGGUGUUGGGGUAUUUUUCAGAUUUUCUCCAGAAGGAGAUUUCAAGUAUAAAAUGUCACCGGAUCCUCUAAAUAAGCAUCAAUUUGUAUAUGUGAUCUAUCGGAUAUUGGUUGAACGAGUGGAUGAUGAAAGAUUGGAAUAUAAAGUGAACAAUAUUUUUGACGAAGGAGAACGAAUUAUUGAGAAAGAGAAACAAACAAUUGCAAAAUUAUCAAAAUCAAGUAUCAGAGAUAUUGACUUGAAAACAUCCAUAUUUUUAUCUAUUAUCGCAAGCAUUCAAGCAAAUUCUUAUUGUGAUAUUUUAUCAUAUGAUCGCCAC